GCAAAAUUUGGUGCAAGAAAACAGACUAGCCUGUUCAAGAUCUCCCGAAUUUUUGGGUUAUUUGUUGACCUGAACUGUAGUUUUUGUUUCAAAAGGUUGAUUAUCCUGUUGUUCCACAAAAAUGCUUGAAAGGCGGACUCCGCGCCAGGUGCCAGCUGCUUUGGAGCACUUACGAGAGCUUUCAAGGCGUGGCGCGGAGUUGUGCGGAGGUCAAAGUUCUUCGCAAUUUGCCUCUAGUGCGCAAUUUGCUUCCGCCCUGUCCCGCUUUCCUAGUGGUCUCAGCAAUGUUGAUUCUUUUCACGACGACACGGUUAAAGAAGAUGCACUCCCGAAAGACCAGAAGCUUGUGGAAGUCCCGAAGCACUUGGCAACGGUCGGGGAGCCCCUGCGAAGCGCACAGAGUCCGUUGUCGCGAAUCGGAGACGAUCGUCCACCAUCUCAUUCAGAUUCGGAACUAGAGGAGGCAGAGGUAGAAGAAUGGAGUCCUGGUGUGGUACAUUCAAGGACUGGGUCACCGCCUGCCGCAGAGACAUGCGACGAGGGUCAGUCACAUGACAGGAGUGGAAUGCUGCCAAUGCGGGAUGUGCUGCAUGACACUGAAAGUAAAAGGACGGCAAAACAGCCUGACUCGGCGUUACUGGACGACGACGACGAUUACGAAUUUCGAUUGUUACGUGUCGAGGGUGAGGAAAUGGCGCGACUGCGGGAGGAACUGGCAAUCAAAGACUUCACAAUAGCGUCGAUUCAGCGCAACUUGGAAAAUCUAGCGAUUCUCGCGCAAGCUGAUAAAGCGGAGCUGCAGACCACUCGAAAGUUAUUGACAAAAGAGCGCCAGACAUCUGAGGAGUUGCGGGAAGAACUGAUAAAAGUUAAAGAAACAAACUUAGUCCUGCAGCAAAAAGUGGUGCGACUACGAGCAGAGCAAGUCGCAAAAACUAGGGCCCACACUUCUGGUGCUGCUGCGAAUUCGUGAAAAUAGUGCCACAACCCUAUGAACGUUCUCGCAAGGAUGUACUUGUGAACAGAUUUGCACAGAUAAUGACGUUCUAUGGCGUUCUGGUCAAAGAUGAUUGAAGAAUGUUUCUUUCUAAAGAAGUGUCAACACACGAUUGCAGGUGACUGAGAAACUCGUGUUUGAAGAGCAGCACCUGCCAAAU